AUGGAUGCUAUUCUGGGACAUCUCCCUUUUGUGAGGGUCUACCUUGAUGACGUCCUGAUCUUUAGUAGAUCUGAUGGAGAGCAUUUGGAGCAUUUGAGGAUCGUCUUUGAGCUCUUACGUGUGGCUGGUAUGACGCUGGCCGCUGAGAAGUGCGAGUUUAUGCAGGAUCGAGUGACCUAUUUGGGUCACAUGUUCAAUAGUACUGGGAUGAGUCCCGACUUGGGUAAGGCCGAGUGGGGCAAGGAGGAAGAGCUGGCCGUCAAUGACCGGAAGCAGUGGAUAGCCAGUCUCCCCUUGUUGGCCUACCCAGAUUUCUCGAGACCGUUUCAGCUCAUGACCGACGCCAGCGAUGUAGCGAUAGGGGCGGUGGUGGAGCAGGACGGAAGGCCUUUAGCCUUCUGCAGCCAGUCUCUGACCCCUACCCAGAAAGUCUGGCCGGUGUAUGAGCGGGAAGCCUAUGCUAUCUUCAAGACACUGGAACGGUUCAGACCGUUGCUCUGGGGUUACCAUUUGGAGUUGGUCGUCUUUUCGGAUCACAAGCCUUUAGAAUGGAUACAGACGGCUACGACUGCGAAAGUGCAACGCUGGCUCAUUAGUAUGUCCCAGUUCAAGUUUAAAGUAUUUUACGAGAAGGGUAAGCACAACGUCGUAGCUGAUGCCUUGUCCCGAAUUACUACGUCCGACGACAAAAUGCCAGAGCCAGAUCUUGGAGCAUUCCAGCGUGAAUUGUAA